AUGCCCGCCAAAUCUUCCAAUGCGCCGGCGAAAUCGCGCGGCCCUUCAGGUCUUCUACGAGCCUACCUAUUCUUCUACAACGCCCUCAACCUGGUAACAUGGGGCUCAUGCGUCCUAUACACGGCUUCCCUCAUUCCUGAGGCCCUCGGCUCUAAUACCCUCCACGCCAUAUUCCCGCAAACAUUCAACCCCCACCUCCUCGCGACACAGUCGCUCGCUACCCUCGAAAUCCUGCACAGUCUGCUGAGACUUGUGCGCGCCCCGUUCUUCACCACCGCCAUGCAGGUCGCUAGUCGUCUUCUGCUCGUUUGGGGUAUUAUGGUUCCUUUCGGUGGUGAGAUCGUCGGUGCGAAGGGUACACAGCUCGGUGACUACGCUUACCUCGGCUGUGUGGCUGCUUGGGGUAUUACGGAGAUUAUUCGUUAUGGCUUCUUUGCGAUUACACUCUCUGGAAAUGAGGUCCCUAAGUGGUGGACUUGGUUGAGAUAUAACACCUUUUAUAUCCUCUACCCCAUUGGUAUCUCUAGCGAGUGUGCUCUUGUUUACCUUUCCUUGGGACCGGCUGGUGUGAUUAGUCCCUUGUUGUUCUGGGGUCUCGUUGCGGUCUUGGCUAUUUAUGUGCCUGGUUCCUACAUCCUUUACACCCAUAUGAUUGCCCAGCGUCGCAAGGUUCUGCGUGGUAAGCAGCGUGCUGAGUAG